CUGAGGCGAUGGCCGGGGCCCCGCUGCUGGAGGCGCUGGGCCGCCUGUGGCAGGUGCAGGCCCAGCUCGGCAGCGGCGCCUCCGCCUCCGUGUUCCGCGUGCGCUGCUGCGGGGACUCGCACGCUCCGCUCGGCGCCGUCAAGGAGUUCGUGCCCCCGGCGCGGUCCGGGCCUGCCGCCCGCAGCGCCCCGGAGUACGGCUUCGGCAAGGAGCGCGCCGCGCUGGAGCAGCUGCGGGGCCACCGCAACAUCGUGACGCUGUACGGCGUGUUUACCAACCACUUCUCUGCAAAUGGCCCUUCCCACUGCCUCCUGCUGGAGCUGCUGGACAUCAGUGUGUCAGAGCUGCUUCUCUACUCCAGCCAUCAGGGUUGCUCCAUGUGGAUGAUCCAGCACUGUGCCCGUGAUGUGUUAGAAGCCCUGUCUUUCCUUUACCACAAAGGCUAUGUGCAUGCAGACCUCAAGCCACGCAACAUCUUGUGGAGCGCAGAGGAAGAGUGCUUUAAACUCAUUGACUUUGGGCUUAGCUUCAAAGAGGGGAAUCAGGAUGUGAAAUAUAUUCAGACAGACGGGUAUCGGGCUCCAGAGGCAGAGCUGCAGAACUGCCUGGCUCAGGCGGGGCUCCAGAGUGAAACGGAAUGUACCUCUGCUGUAGAUCUGUGGAGUCUAGGAAUCGUUUUACUGGAAAUGUUCUCAGGAAUGAAACUGAAACAUACUGUCCAAUCGCAGGAAUGGAAGACAAACAGUUCUGCCAUCAUUGAUCACAUUUUUGCCAGUGAAGGUGUGGUAAAUUCAGCCAUCCCAGCCUAUCACCUCAGAGACCUUAUCAAGAGCAUGCUUCAUGAUGACCAAGCGAAAAGAGUCACUGCUGCAAAGGCCCUGUGCAGCCCCUUCUUCAGCAUUCCCUUCGCUCCCCAUAUUGAAGAUCUGGUGAUGCUUCCAACUCCAGUGCUAAGGCUGCUCAAUGUCUUGAGUGACGCUUCUCUUCAGAGUGAAGAAGAAUAUGAAGAUGUGCUGGAAGACAUAAGAGAGGAGUGUCAGAAAUACGGCCCGGUGGUUUCCAUGCUUGUUCCAAAGGAGAAUCCUGGCAAAGGCCAAGUCUUCGUUGAAUAUGCAAAUGCUGGUGAUUCCAAAGCUGCCCAGAAAUUGCUCACUGGAAGGAUGUUUGAUGGCAAGUUUGUUGUGGCUACGUUUUACCCCCUGAGUGCCUAUAAGAGAGGGUAUCUGUACCAAACAUUGCUCUAGCAGCAGCAGCCAUCAGGAGAGUCGGCAGCGCUUCUUCCUCAUUUCAGUGUGUUCUGCAGUUGAAUGUACAAAGAGCUUCCUAGCCCUGCUUUUGAGUAGUUUUGAAAGGAGAUCUGCACAGGACAGAACUGGGCUUUUGCCCUCUAGUGCUGCUUUGUCCUGUACAAAGGUAGCCCAGGUGGCUUUAAAAUGAUCUGUGUUCUGCUUGUUUGGUUACAUUAGAGAUGUGGCUCUUGCCUACCCUGGAAGGCUCUUGAGUGACUGGAGUAAGUAGUGGCAUUGCCAUUACAGGAGACUCAAUAUGUAAGCAAUUGAGGUUAAGUCUGGUUCAGACUGUUAAAAAUGUUGCUUGUGUCUUGACACUAAUGAUCGACUAGUGUUUUGGGAAAGGAUCUCUCUGUUAAAUAUUCAUUGCGGAGUGAGAACCCCCCCCCCCCCCAUACACAUGCUCUGAGACACCCAGGAGGCCCUCCAGAAAGAACAGGAAAGACUACACUUUUUUCCCCCUUUUAUCUAAGGUAAAAAGACAAGAAGAAGCCCCUGCAUCUCUGGGGUGGGUGGGGGAGGCUUCAGGUCUUUACACCCCAUAAAGUAGUGGCCAUCUGGCCUGUGGGGUUAUGCUGUCACUGACAACUGGCCCAGGGAGACCAGUAAAAUUUCCUCCACUCUAGUGUCAGCUGUUGUCUUUUUGGGAAACUGAUUGUCAGUGUCAGUGAAAGCAAACUGCUGCCUGAGAGCAGGGCACCUGCAGCAACGUGAGUUCACUUGUAUGGACAGGCUGGGCGAAUGUGGAAUCCGUUAAGCAUCUUUGGGGAAAGGACCAGUGUUAGUCCUGACCCCUGUAACACCAUGUAAUCUAGAGGUUACACAUUGCCUGUAGUAUGGACAUCCAUUGCUCUUAGUAUCUGUGCCAAAGAGUGCAUAGUGCAGAGGCAUUCCCGAGCCAGCAGGAUUCUGUAAAGGCCUGCUAGAGCACACAGCAUUCCUUUCAAGAACUCAGCAGGAUGUCUAUUCUGAAGACUUGUAAGGGAGAGCAAAUUUGUACCUGUCGUCAUUUCCUUGUUUGGCUUCUGUUGUAGCAUGUGUUUUUUUGUUGCUUUAGCCAGUGUUGAUUUAUUGGAAUCAUGGCAGUAAGCAGAAAGCACUGACACUUUUGGCUCUCCAUAGGGUACACAAAGGGCCUGAGAAUACAAGAUCCUUUAGAACAAGGAUCCUUGAAAUAAUCCUACUUGACUGCUAAGGGCCUCUUCCAGGGUGAUGCAUUCUAGUGCCAGAAGGACUGUGGGGUUAGCAAGCACACUAGUUGGAUGCUGUUAGGAAAGAAACAGAUUGAGUGUGGCCCAUGUCACUGCUUCUCUCUCUUAACAGGAGAGCAGCCUAAAUUCGGCUCAUGCUCUACUUGCAGUGCUUCAGCAUUGAGCAAGAGCUGCUAGAACAGUAGUUCUCAAACUUUUGUACUGGUGACCCCUUUCACACAGCAAGCCCCCUGAGUGCGACCCCUCCCCCGCUUGUAAAUUAAAAACACUUUUUUUAUAUUUAACACCAUUAUAAAUGGUGGAUGCAAAGCGGAGUUUGGGGUGGAGGCUGACAGCUCGCGACCUCCCAUCUAAUAACCUCACGUCCCCCUGAGAGGUCCCGACCCCCAGUUUGAGAAUCCCUGCGCUAGAAUGUAGUGUUUACAAACCCCACGUGCACAGCCCCCCCUCCUUUGAGUGAUAGGCACAGGAGACGAGGAAGUAAAAUAACCCUAGGGGGUGUGGAAGCUGCUGCACCAGUUUUAGUGCUGAGGAGAGGCCUCUGAUCCCAAGCCCUGUCUAGAGAAAUCUUCUGGGGCAGUUGUUGAAGAGAUGUCCCUGCCUCACUCUGCACUGAGGCCGCUGCGCUUAUCCGGGCAAUGUGCUGCUAGCAUCCUGCCCAGGCUGGACUUCCAGCAUUCUGCACUUGACCUUUCCUGCUGAUAUUGCCAGUGUGUCGUGCGAGAGUCAGUCUGCAGCAUGUCAUAAGUCACUUGUCUUCAUUCCUUCUCUGUGCUGCUGUGAAGUGGCUACUGCCAUGCUGUAAUUAAAGUGGAAGCUGGCUUCCCAUUAUAAGCCACAUUUUUAACCCUUCCCUAGCUCCUCCAGAAAGAGCCUGAUCUUCCUGAGUUUUUCUGUGCUGCUUCUCACUCAAGGUAGAGGCUUUUCUGAGGAGUUUGGUAAAAAUCCCAAAACAAAUUUUGAUGUUUUAAAAAUGAGCCUGUGAUUCAUUGAACAGACUGUACCGAAGUGUGGUUCAGAGUAUCCCAAGCGGGGA